UUCACUCAGCUGAGAAACACCUCACUGAAAGCUGUUCUACCUCCUAUCAGCCUUUAAGUUAUUUUGAAAUAGUCUGUUGCCAGCUUUGACAUUAACUUUUUAUAUUCACUGACAUUUAUACAACUGUUUACAUUUCGUGUCAAACGAGUGACGUCGUUUUUAAACUCUUUUUUUGACGUUUUCAUCGACAAACCUGCCCUCAGAGCGUGCUAACGUUAGCCCAGCAGCUAGCCACCAUUCACUCUUCAAGGAAAGAAGAAAUAACACGGUAUAAAAAUAAUGGAUCAAACGGGAGUCACAGCUCAAGCACCAAAGAGUCCAUGGGGUUCGGCGGCCCCGGCAGCUCCAGCCUGCUCUUUAGCUGAUGUGAUGAGCGAGCAGCUGGCCAAACAGCUGGACGAGGAGAACAACGCCUUCCCAACUCUCACAGAUCCAGCAUCUGAUCUUUUUAUGCCUGAUGAAGUUUGUGAUACGACCAGUGACCUGAUGCUCGCUCAGAUGCUGCAGAUGCAGUUUGACCGCGAGUUUGACGAUCAGCUCCGACGGGAGGAAAAAAAGUUCAACGGAGACAGCAAAGUGUCCAUCUCCUUUGAGAACUAUCGUAUGGUCCAUCCAUACGAGGACAGCGACAGCUCUGAGGAUGAGGUGGACUGGCAGGACACGAGACAUGACCCCUACAAAGCCGAUAAGCCACAGACAACACCCAGGAGAGGGUUCACCGGGAAAGGCAAAAACAUCACCACCAAACACGAUGAGGUGGCAUGUGGACGCAAGAACACAGCUCGCAUGGACAACUUUGCUCCAGAAGUCCAUGUUGGUGACGGUCUGGGGAUGGACCUGAAGCUGUCCAACCAGGUGUUCAACUCUCUGAAGCAGCACUGCUACAGUGAGCAGAGACGCAGCGCCAGACUGCAUGAGAAGAAGGAGCACUCCACUGCUGAACAAGCCGUGGAUCCCCGUACUCGUCUGCUCAUGUAUAAGAUGGUGAACUCUGGCGUGCUGGAGAACAUAAAUGGCUGCAUCAGUGCAGGAAAGGAGGCUGUCGUCUUUCAUGCCAACGGAGGGAGCCUGGAGGAGCAGCCCGUUCCUGAUGAGGUGGUGCUGAAGGUUUUCAAGACAACACUGAACGAGUUUAAGAACAGAGACCGCUACAUUAAAGACGAUUACCGCUUUAAAGAGCGCUUCAGCAAACUGAACCCUCGCAAAAUCAUCCGGCUGUGGGCCGAGAAGGAGAUGCACAACCUGGCCAGGAUGAAGAAGGCAGAGAUCCCGUGCCCUCAGGUGGUUCUGUUAAAGAAACACAUCCUGGUCAUGUCGUUUAUUGGUAAAGAUCACGUUCCUGCUCCCAAACUUAAAGAGGUCAUGUUGAGCUCAGAGGACAUGAAGAAUGCCUUCUACCAGGUCCUACAUAUGAUGCAGGUGCUGUAUAAGGAGUGUAAUCUGGUUCAUGCUGAUCUGAGUGAAUACAACAUGCUGUGGCACGAAGGAAAGGUUUGGUUGAUUGAUGUCAGUCAGUCCGUGGAGCCCACCCACCCUCACGGCCUGGAGUUCCUCUUCAGAGACUGCAGGAACGUCUCAACGUUCUUCCAGAAGAGAGGAGUGACCGAAGCGAUGAAUGUGUACGAGCUUUUCAACGCCGUGAGUGGCCUGAACAUCCCCAUCGGUGCUGAAGAUGAAGCUGAGUUCAUGGCAGAGAUCGUGGCGUUGGAGAAGAGAAAUGAAGACCACGUCCAGAAGCGAGGAAAGAAAACCUUCCCUGUUUCCUCUGAAGACGGCGGUCCUCCUUUAGAACCUGACGCCGAUGAUUAACGCCCUGCCCAGCUCGCUCUCUCUUCACGAUCCUGCCGUGUUGAAAACGCUGUAACAAGGAGAUGAACGGAGAAGGCUCCUGGAGGACCCAGGGCCUCCCUCUCCAACCCUUUCAACCCCUAAAGAACAACAACACCUGCCUCCUUUAUUAAGGCAGGAUGGAGCGCCCCCUCCUGGCUGCAGGAGGGACGAGUUUCACCUUGUUGGAUGUUGAAGUCAGAGCGUUCUGGCUGCUGAGGGGCACCGACCGGGUUUAGAGGCUGAGACCACAUCUCAAGCCCUCCUGCUGACGCUAAACCACACUCUUUUACUCUGUUGUUUCCCCCUAAAUCAUGAUUUCUUCUGAUUCCUUUAUCAGUCCAGCUUGAUGGGGAAUAAAAAAAUGGUUUCAGCUUUGCUGAGAAUCUUAAAGAUUUAUUUCAGUCUUAGCUGAGAGUUUAUAACAAUGCCCACUUUUUCAGGCUGAAGUUGAGGAACAUGAGGGUCAAACUAGGGCUGUCAUGAUUACAUUUUUAUCAUCUUUGAUGCCAUGAAGCAGGAGUCUCUUGUGCUUCAGUCCCUCCACAGAUGGAGCUCGGUGCUCUCAGAGUCAACCAGUAAUGUUUAAAAGAUCUUUCAGUGGAUUCUUUCUCACAGGUAAAUCCAGAGACAAAAGUGACUUGUAAAAAGUGACCCUUUUUGCAAGUAAAUAAGCUGCAGAUGGCACAUGUUUAGACUGGUAUUGGUUUAUUGCAUGCUGACUCCACACUUAGAGUUACCGAUCAGUUUUAAGGAGGAGGGUAUUCAACUUGACACAGUGCCCCUCUACUGUUUGCUGCAUCGAAAUGCUAGUCUGUUGCACCUUAUCAAAUUGCAGAUAGUGACACCAGUUUCUUAUUUUGAUUACCCUGUGAUAAGGAGUCUAAUGUCUUUGGACCUUUAUUAAGAGCAUCGAGCUCCACCUGUGGAGGGGCUGAAGCACAAUAGACUCCUGUUUUGAUUAAAAAAAACCAUCAAUAUGUAUUUUUCAAUCUAGCUUUCUGCACCCAAGGGAACAAAAGUUUUAAUACAGAAGAAAUGACAAAGGUGCCUCUUUGUUGCUUUUUUUCUUUCUUUUUUCUUUCUUUUCUUUUUUUUUUUUUUUUAAACUGUGUCUCAUUUUUUGUGAUUCUGUGCUCAGAAAUGGAGGAGAAGAGGUGAAACGUCGCAGCUGUCUGGUCCUGUGUGUCAAAGCUGAAGCAGGGGGUUUAUAACUAUCAUGCUAACUCUUGAAAUUAAAGCAGAAAAUCAACUGUUAUCACCAUCAGACUAAUGCAAGUAAAUGUAAGUCUCUGCAGCAUCAUGUUAUGAAAUUAAGAGGCUAGACACUGUAGUGUUUGCAGUGAGAAGGAUUGUAGAUGUAGCUCUAAGAUUGUGUAACUUCAUAUCAAAUCAUCUGAUGUAUCUGAGGCUGCUUCUUUCAUGUGUUUUUGAUCUAAAUGGAUGCAGACACAUGCAGCCUCCUCACAUGGUGUCUGUUUCAUGGUGGAUUACAUCUCGUGGAUUGUGUUGAAAAAUAAAAGGUGAAGGUUGAA